GCCGGGACCCAAAUCCUCUCGCAGCGUUCACCGUCGUGCGCGCGACUCUGCUUGUGCUGGGCGAGCCCGGAGUAAUUAUCGGCGCUUAGCGAGGAACAGACGCGUGUCUCCACCGCGCUUAACGCCAAACAUGCAAACAGGCUUCGUUAUUGCUCUGGCGUGCGCCUUAGUUGUGGAAACAUCACUGGUGAGCCGUGGAGGUCCAACUGCGGAUCCGUGCCGACCUGGAUUCUCCCAGAGCUUCUACAUCGUGUUCAUCUCACAGAACGUGCUGCAAGGGGGCGGCAUUCUGAAAAACACACUGCUCCCCUCAGGCCGAGUGACAUUCGAGUCUUGCUGUCGGAGUGAGAGGAUCAGCUUCGAGAGCAGCGACCCGAAGUUCGGCGUGCACCCGGAUGGCUCUCUCUACGCGGAGCGCGAUGUGGCAAACCUGUCGGAGCCUGUCCAGUUCAUGGUCACAGCUAGGGGGAGCAAGGAGAGCCACAUCUGGGAGACGACCGUCAAACUGGCCAUCGCCGGACAUUCGCUUCCUCCUCCAGACCUCCAGAUCGCCCGAGAAGCCAGUUUCUACCCAAGAUCCCACCACAAUCACUACCCAAAUCCCAGACUUAUCGCAUUCCCGCGGCGACACCAGAGAGGCUCUUCCACCAAUGGACUGCACCGACAGAAGAGAGACUGGGUCAUUCCACCAAUCAAUGUGCCUGAAAAUUCCAGAGGACCCUUCCCACAAAUGCUUGUGAGGAUCCGAUCAGACCAGGAUAAGGAGAUUGAGAUCCGGUACAGCAUAACAGGAGCUGGCGCCGACCAACCGCCAAGUGACGUCUACAUCAUUGACCCCAUCACUGGGAAAAUGUCUGUCACCAAACCCCUGGACCGGGAGGAUCGCGCCUCCUAUCACCUGAGAGCACAUGCAGUGGACAUCAAUGGGAAUCAAAUGGAGCCUCCUAUUGACCUGUACAUUUACGUCAUCGACAUGAAUGACAACAGACCAGAGUUCAAGAACCAGGUGUAUAACGGCUCAGUCCCGGAGGGUUCCAAACCAGGCACGUCGGUGAUGCGCGUGACGGCGUUCGAUGCUGAUGACAGCACCAUGCCGAAUGGCCUGGUGCACUACCGCAUCCUGAACCAGAGCCCGCACACACCCAUCCCCAAUAUGUUCACCAUCAACGGCGUGACGGGCGAGAUCAGCAGCAUUGCAGCGGGUCUCGACCGGGAGAAAGUGUCCCAGUACACACUCAUAGUGCAGGCCACAGACAUGGAGGGCAGUCUCAACUUUGGCCUGUCCAACACGGCAACGGCCCUCAUCACCAUCACCGACAUCAACGACAACCCCCCGGAGCUCGAUGCCAAAACGUUCCUAGGGGAGGUUCCAGAGAAUGCUGUGGGCGUGGUCGUGGCCAAUCUGACCGUCAGAGACAGGGACCAGCCUCACACUCCCAACUGGAACGCCGUAUACCGGAUAGUGAGUGGAGAUCCCAUGGGUCACUUCACCAUUCGCACGGACGAAAUCAGCAAUGAUGGCAGAGUUACUGUGGUCAAGCCUGUGGAUUACGAGAAAAAUGGAGCAUUCAUGCUGAACGUGGUGGUCUCCAACCAGGCCCACCUGUCCAGCGGGAUCCCCUCGUCCCUCUCCUCCACGGCGGGGGUCACCAUCACUGUGCUGGACGUGAACGAGGCGCCUGUCUUCUCCAACCCCAAGAUCAUCCGCUUCGAGGAGGGGGUCCCAUCUGACACCACGCUCACCGUAUUCGCUGCCCAGGAUCCAGACCAUUACUUGCAGCACACGGUCAGGUACUCUAAGCUGUCGGAUCCGGCAAACUGGCUGCGUAUCAACAGGACAAAUGGUCAGAUCACCACCAUGGCCGUCCUCGACCGGGAAUCACCGUACGUGAAGAGCAAUGUGUAUGAAGCGACCUUUCUGGCUGUGGACAAUGGCUCUCCUUCUGCGACCGGAACGGGCACUCUGCAGAUAUAUCUGAUAGAUGUCAACGAUAACGUACCAGUGCUGGUUCCCCGGGAGGCCCAGCUGUGCGAGAGGUCACGACCUAUCUCCAGGAUCAACAUCACGGCUUCCGACGCAGACUCCGAUCCCAACGCAGGGCCGUACGUCUUCGAGCUGCCCUCUUUCCCUCAGUCCGCCCGGCGCAACUGGACCAUCUCACGUAUCAAUGGUGAGUAUGCCCAGCUCAGGCUGAAGAUCCCCUACCUGGAGACAGGUGUGUACCGAGUGCCCAUUCUGGUGUCGGACUCGGGGAACCCUCCCCUCACCAACCGCUCCAUGAUCCGGGUGAAGGUGUGUCCGUGUGACGAGCACGGAGACUGCACCACAGUCGGCGCGGUCGCAUCAGCCAGCCUGGGCACCGGGGCCAUCAUAGCCAUCCUGAUCUGCAUCAUCAUACUGCUCAGCAUGGUGCUGUUCUUUGUCAUGUGGAUGAAGCGACGAGAGAAAGAGCGUCAGACCAAACCUCUGCUUAUCGACCCAGAGGACGACGUCAGAGACAAUAUACUGAAAUACGAUGAAGAAGGGGGAGGAGAGGAGGACCAGGACUAUGACCUGAGCCAGCUGCAGCAGCCCGACACGCUGGACCACAUGAUCAGCAAGUCGGUGGGCGUGCGGCGAGUCGACGAGAGGCCCGUCGUCCCAGAGUCGCAAUACCCGACACGGAACGCCCUGCCGCAUCCCGGCGACAUCGGAGAGUUCAUCAUUGACGGCCUGAGGGCGGCAGACAACGACCCCACCGCUCCGCCGUACGACUCUCUGCUGGUGUUCGACUACGAGGGCAGCGGCUCCACGGCCGGAUCCGUCAGCUCACUGGACUCGUCCAGCUCCGGAGAGCAGGACUACGACUACCUCAACGACUGGGGGCCCCGCUUCAAAAAACUGGCCGACCUCUACGGCGGCAGCGAGGAGGACUGA